CUGUCACGCUCAAUGCGGGACACUUGAGAGCCCUGUUUUUAUUUAGCCAGUGACGGCUAUAACUUCAAAAAGUCUACUAUUUUCCAUUUACCAAUUUAGCCUAUGGCUAGCCUACUUCCAAAAUAGACGCAAGAGUACAUGGACCUGGUCCAAUAUCUUAGCUUACGUGCGAACCUGAGCAAAUUCAAACGUUUUAGGCUAACCUUCAGCUUUAAUCUUAAAAUUAAGAUAGAAGGAAGACGUGAGCGCAGUGUUUCAAAUUCCACCUGACGCCUUUUUCUAGACAGGCUACUCCGCCCAGUUCGCUAUGCCGUCAUUCAAGUCCUACGACUUGAGUUGACACUCACUUUCCUAGAAGACACGAUGUUGCAAUGUGCUCACCAAACCUGUCCACGAAGAAAGAAUUCGUGGUCUUUUUAAAUAAUUUAGUCGACUUCUGUUAUAUCACGAUGUAGAGAAUCAAACAUGUGGAACAUGUUUUUGAUCGUGGUCACUCUCCUGGCGUUACAUAGGACAGAUUCCAUUGACAUUGAUCCACCAGAAAGAGUUCGUUUCAAAUCCACCAACCUGCAGAAUGUUGUGGUGUGGAAUCCUGGCAUGGAGGGAACCCACUACUCAGUGGAGUAUGCAAUUUAUGGUGACGAAGACAAGACGGUAGAGGGCCAGGGUCUAUGGAGACCAGUGAGACACUGCACGUGGAUCCUCCUGAAUUCCUGUGACUUGUCCGACCAGACUCAUAAACUUGACGAGAUUUACUACGCCAGAGUGAGAGCAAUGAGAGACUCUGCAGUCAUCUCAAACUGGACAAUGACUCGGUUUGAACCUCGGUCAGACGCAGCCUUAGGUCCACCUCACUUUACCUUGCACACCAGCGGAAAUUCCCUUGAUAUUUAUUUGAAGGGUCCAAUGAGAUGGAAAAACAAAUACAUGAAGAAAGAGCGCCCUAGACAUAUUAUUACAAAGAACCAGUCCUACCAACUUGGCUCACUGGAAUAUGAUACAAUAUACUGCGUGUCUGCUGGGACCUAUUCACAAAACAUUCAUGAAGAAUCCCACACAAGUGAAUGGCAGUGUGAAAAAACACCAACAGAUCCUUUCAAGAAGCAUAUGUUGAUGGUGAUUCUAGCUGGUCUUCUACCCUCAGCAGUAUCCUUGUUCAUCUUGAUAUUGGCCAGCUGUCUUGUGUACCAUUAUAUAUUUGGUAACAAGCAGAAACACCCACACUGCACGAGCAUAUCACCCAAGGAGCCAACUUUUGCCCCUCGAAUGGCAAUUAUCGAUGUCAUCAAUGUCAACAUCCACAAACCCAGCCUCCCGGGGAUGAGUUUGAGAAACUGCCUGCUAUCCUUCCUGGUCAAUUGCCUGCUAUCCUUCCUGGCUAUGCAGUCCAGCGAGCAUCGCCACCAGUGUAUAACUCACAGUCAUGGCACUCUUCUGGAGGGGUAAGUAGAAAAUGUUCCUUUGAACGCUGAGGCGCAGGAGUUUGACGACGAGAUGCCUCCGGACUACGGAUUUGUUGUCCACUCGCCUCCAGAGGAAUCGACGGGACGAGGCUCUGACCCUCUCGUACCACCACAGCCCGCCGUGCUUCCUGUCACUGGACACAACAGUUACAUGGCACAGAGUGACGGCAGGCCGGGUCAGUCGACAGGUCAGAGCAGCACCGAUGAGGACGAGGACGGUCCCACGGUGAUUGACUGGAAUCCCAGCACUGGGGUCCUGCAUAUCCCAGAGCUAAACCCUAUGCCAUUGCUGGGGGCCGGACGUGAGGUAGAGCUGGAAGAAGACAUGGCCGUGCCCAGAAGCAUCUUCUCCAGCCUGGUGAUGAGACAGGAGAGCUACGAGUCUGAGGAUGGCCUCUGUAAAAUGGAGACUGUUUGGCAACUUCAAAUCAACAUGGAAGAAUAACUCAUGUAGACCAUCUCAAUCUGUUUCUAGAGGGUUUCCGGUUGAAACGUUCAAAAUCAACACAGAUACUUUGAAAUGAAUAUGAAUCAGACUUUUAGCGUAAUGUUCUACAAAAUGUUGACUCUAAAACUUGUUUUGUUUGUUUGUUUGUUUGUUUGUUUGUCCCGAAGUUAGCAUAAGCUCAAUGUUGUUUUCUGUGUCACCGGAAAUGUCUUAGGAAAGCACCUGUUUGUUUAUGCAGUUGAAAGUUUUCAGUAUGAAAAGGUGAUGAUACAUGGGGCACCUUUUUGAGCAAUGUUACUGGGCAACCACAUAACCAGUUCCAUAUGUUCAGAUUGGAUGAUCAUGAAAAUGUGCCUGAUGAUUGAAGUUCUUUAGAGGGAAGAAAAUGCCCUGCAUGCCAUGCCCAUGAACAUUGCCCUGCAACAUUGCUCAUAAAGUUCACUUGUCUGUCAUCAGCUUAAGAGUAACUCAACUCUGCAUAAGCACACUGGCAGCUAGAGUUGCCAACCUCAAUGCACAAGAGUAAAUACAUGACAAUCAGUGUUCUUUACUGGAUGAUAAGAAAUGUAGACAGUCAAGUGAAGGCAUUGAGGUGGCGACCAUAUUAAACAAACAGUCUUUUCAGUUGUAACCUAUAUAAAAUGUGUCUAAUUGGAAGGUAUGAUGAUGUAAUAUCAAAUAUCCUAGUUACGUCAGUUACAACCCUCUUGUAAUAUCCUAAACACUAUUGAUAUUUUAUAAAAUGCAGUUUAAUUAAUUUUUGACAGUAGCUUAUCACAAAGAAGAGGCCUAAUAGUAAAAUGUAGCCUACUUAGGCCUACUCUACGUGCCAAAUAAGUGUUUCCUCUAAAAAAAUGAAGGAGUAGCCAAUCGAUUGAAGUCAGUUUCACCUUUUGAACUGCUGCAACCAUUAAUAUUGUCCUAAAUAUAAGCCAAUACUCUGAUUGUAAAUACAUGUGGCUAUAUAUAAUAUAUAAAUAUACAUAGGCCUAUAUUGUAAAUAAAUUCUAUGUUUACACUA